GCUGCAUCCCGGGGCACACGCGAGGCCGCGACCCGGCCGGGAGACGAGGCCGCCCGGAUGCCGAGAUGUUUCAUGGAACAAUCACAAAAGAGCUCAUCAAUCAUGAGGAAUGGAGUCACUACAAUGAAAAUAUAAUCAAAGAUCAGAAAGAUUUUGUUUUUGUGAAGUACAACAGCCUUCAUCUGAAAUCCCUGGACAGUUUGCAGUCAUGCAUCUCGCUUAAAGUGUGCAUCUGCUCCAACAAUUUUAUUAUAGACAUUCACCCACUUCAAAGCUGUAUAAAGUUAGUCAAACUUGAUCUCCAUGGAAACCAGAUAAAGACUCUUGAACAAAGAAAGUUCUGGAGUGGGCUGAAGAAUCUGAAGGUUCUCUGCCUCCACGAUAAUGGCUUCUCUAGGCUGAAGAGCAUCUGUGUGCUGUCUGCAUGCCCCAGCCUGGUGGCCCUCACCAUGUUUGACUGCCCAGUGAGCCUGAAGAAGGGCUACAGGCACGUGCUUGUGAACAGCAUCUGGCCACUCAAAGCCCUGGACCACCACGUGAUUUCCGACGAGGAAAUCAUUCAGAACUGGAAUCUUCCUGAGAGAUUCAAAACCUACGACCACCAGCUGUUCUUCAACAUCUGCCCAGCCUUGAGAAAGGAUGCGUCCCUGAGCCGGGAGGGUACAUCAUCACAGUACUGCUCAGAGUCAGCCACCACCCAAGCAGUGCCCUCGGGCCCUGUUUUUUCAUAUAAAAAACCUCAGCAGAAAGUUAUUAGGGUGUUUGAAACCAAAUGGAUUUACAUAGGCCGUGAAGACAAAUUCCUGGAGGAUAUCUUUGUCAGGUCUGAAACGAAUUUAAAAGGAAAACUCGCACAUUGGAAACAAAAUAUGUGUUCUCCUGUUGACUUUAAAGAUUCUACUGAGCACAGAAAAUAUGCUCCUCAUUUUCAUGUGAAGUUAAAAACAACAGAUAUUGAUGGAAAAUCAAAAACAUCAAAACAGCCCAUUCAAAAAUGCCAGAAGGGGUCUAGAAAUGAAACAGAGGGUGACGGGUUGGAUAUCAGCUUCAGGACAUCAGCAUUCAGACUCCCUAUAUAUUCUCCAAGUUCACUGAAAUAUGGUACAAUGUUGAAAGAAUUGAAACAAGAUUAUAUACAUGAAAAUCUCCAGCCACUUCUGCCCUCUUGUACCAAACCAAUAAACAAAAGAGAGACACUACAGGAGAUGAACAGAAGAAGAGAGUUUUUAGCAAGACAGAGAGCUGGUAUGAAACUCCUACCACUUAAUGACAUUGAUAAAUACUACGUAGAAACACACUGUCAGGAAGAGGAUAAGGGAAAAAAGACAGCUGUAGUCAAGGCACAGAUUGCUAAGGAAAGAACCAGGCUAAACAUCAAUGAAAGUUUAAGUAGGAAAAAAUAUACGGCACAAGAACUAAUGGAAAAAGAUAAUGAGAGAGCAGCGAGAGCAUUACGGCAAAUGUGGAGAGAGAAACACAGCUACCUUGAAAGACUGAGAGCACGCAGAGCUAUGAUUCUAGCUGAGAAAAAAAUGAAUGUGGAAGAGCACUUCUUAGUUCAGACCAUGAACAACGAGCGCACACAUAUGCUCAGAGGAAUUUUGAAAGCGGACAGGAUGAAAAAAAACCUGGCUGAAUUAAGAGAGAAACAACUGACAGUUUGUCAAAAACAAAGAGCAGAAAAAUAUCAGAGGAGCUUAAUAAAGCAUAUGAAGGAACGCAGGGCUGACAAAAUCCGCCGAAAGCACUCUGAAGAGAAGUUUGUUAUUGAUACACUUCUAUUCCAAAUGGCCUGUGACAGGCUUCAGGAUGCCAGAGAAAACGUUGAACUUAACCCUGAUUCCCUGAAGUCCCUUGUGGGCUGGACCUGUGAGGAAACCUGCAACAACUGGCGCCCGAACAGGGGUCUCGGCUCCCAGGCGUUGGCAACGCCCCCAACUUUGGUUCGUUCGGAAGGCACACUCCGCUGCGUGGUUCUGAAGCCCACGUCAUCACCUUUUAUUCCUUGGCUCGUCCCGAAACCAACCCCCGUCCUGACACGAGGACGAGGAUACGCUUACAUUUUUCCACAGGAUGCUAUGGCUUCCAUCUGGAUUCCAUCAAGAGACAUCCGGCCAGCUGCAGAAACCCAUCUGGAGACCAGGCCCGACUGCAAGUUUGAUAAGCCAUGA